GGUUACGGGAGAGACUGUUCCAGUCUAAAUCUGAACCUUCAGCUGGAAGACUGACGCCUUUCGACUGGGGAGUGGGAGUUUGCGGUGGAACGGACAAUUGAUGGAAAAAAAUUGAAGUGGCGCUGCACGAAAGCAGGAGAGAGAGAGAGAGACUGUGGCCGAGAGGGAGAGAGAGAGAGAGUGAGUGACACGGAGUAUCUGUCUGCUGCCCGUUGAAGAAGCGGCGUGGGGUAAAGGAUUCCAUCGCAAACCUUACAAAAAGGACCCUGUUCCUUCAAAGAUUUAACCUCGACGUAAAUUUGAUGCGUCAUUGAGAGAGACCAGAGGCACACGUGCAACCAAUAGCAAGGAAGACAAAAAAAACAGCAUUAAAAGGACAUUCUUGAGCAGAGACCUUGGGGAGUUUCGAGAGAGGUUGGCAAGGACUCUGUGCGGAAAACAAUGUUUCUUUACCGCUAAUUGCAAUGGGAGGACAGAAGCAAAGAGGGGGAGAUUCGAGCGUUCUUAGAGCCAUCUCCUAUGGACGAGAACAGUCCUCUCUCUCCCAAGGCGAAUGCUUUCAGUAUUGCCUCUCUGAUUACAGCGGCCCAGCAACCAGGAAACGAAGCGAUUCUGCAAAGUCCUGCCCUCGGCAAACACUUCGAUGCCAGUCUGACUUGCAGUAGGAUGCAUUUUAGCACCGUGACAAGAGACAUGGAAGCGUUUACUGCCAACAGUAUUAGCAGCCUGAAUUCGUCCGGAGCGUAUCACCUCGCGCCUUCUCCCGGGGAGCCGGGUCCUUACAACCACGAAAGCCAUUACGAGGCGUGCCCGGGCGCUCAGCACAGCGGUUACGGUAGCAGCUUUAGCGGCGGCGGCUCUGCCCCAGCCUCAGACAGUAGUACUGACCCUUCCAACUGCUCCUCUAUCACCGCGACCGGCAGCAGCAAAGCGCCGGUCAAGAAGAACCCGAAAGUAGCGAACAUCACGGUGCAACUGGAAAUGAAAGCCCUGUGGGACGAGUUCAACCAACUCGGCACAGAGAUGAUAGUCACCAAAGCAGGGAGGAGAAUGUUCCCGACUUUUCAAGUGAAGAUUUUCGGCAUGGAUCCGAUGGCUGACUACAUGUUACUCAUGGAUUUUGUACCCGUAGACGACAAAAGAUAUCGGUAUGCUUUUCAUAGUUCAUCUUGGCUUGUAGCUGGUAAGGCCGACCCAGCUACGCCAGGCAGAGUGCACUAUCAUCCGGACUCCCCAGCCAAAGGCGCUCAGUGGAUGAAGCAAAUCGUCUCUUUCGACAAGCUAAAACUAACCAAUAAUUUAUUGGACGAUAACGGUCAUAUUAUAUUAAACUCGAUGCACAGAUACCAGCCGCGGUUCCACGUCGUGUAUGUCGACCCCAGGAAGGACAGUGAAAAAUAUGCCGAGGAAAACUUUAAAACAUUUCUAUUCGAGGAGACGAGAUUUACAGCGGUCACGGCCUAUCAAAACCAUCGGAUAACACAACUGAAGAUCGCCAGCAAUCCAUUUGCAAAAGGAUUCAGAGACUGCGAUCCUGAUGAUUGUUUUGUACCGUAUUUUAGGCCGAGGAAUCACAGGCCUGGGUCUUUACAGUUAAUCGGUGCUUUCGCCAGAAACAGGAACGCAGUGUCUUCACCACAGCAGAACGGCAGUGAGAAAGAUGCGGACUCCAGAGGCGACUAUGACCGGGAUUCCAGCCGGACGGCCAUGCACCCGGACCCCCAUCAGCAGCAGCUCAUGUCGCGGGUGCUGAGCCCGGCUCUCCCCGGCGGAUUGCACCCGCUCACCCGGCCAAGCCCUCCACACGAACUGCGGCUGGAGCCUCACCCGCAGCCGCCGGACAGCCUGCACCACACCUACAAGUACCGUUCGUACCAUGAUGCUUACAUCGGCGCCAAAGCCAGGCCUACCCCCUACCCGCUGUCUGGCAUAGCGAGCCACGGCUACCAUCACAUGAACCCGACUGCAAACAUGUACCCUGCCAGUGCAGCGCCCACUAACUACGACUAUGGGCACAGAUAACGUCAAAGACGAGAAUGGGCUGGGUACUUGUAACUUUUUAAUAAAAGGAACUACUCAUGCUGCAAACCAAAGAAGAUGCACAAAUCAAAGGGGGAAUAACCUGUCUCUUGGUUUUAAUGGAACUGUUGCCACCAUUUGCAGCUCAAGGGAGCUUCAAGUUGGUGAAACUCAAUAUUUCACUUGAAGGGUCAGUGACUGCGCGGCUGGCGUUCUGAUAGCCCGCUGACCAAUCGCGGUGCAGCUGGAAGGAGGGUUUCAGUCGUGAUUGGUCCGAAGCCUGGGCAGCAGCAAUUGCCGACUUGUGAUUGGUGAUAUUCUUUGUAGAUUGACGUGCGCUUCGCCAAUCGACGGCCGCAGGCUGGUAGGUUCUGACCAAUUGGGGAAAGGCGUGGGUGGGUGUUCCCAAGCAGGGCUGUCCCACGUGGUCGAAUGAGGGCCACGGCGUGAGUGACUGCACUAAGGAAAAUGAGUUGGAACCUCACACUGCAACUGGAGUUUUUAUUAUGUUGUAUUUAGACGGCAGAAAAAAAAAGGGGGUUAGUUGCACUUUCAGCUUUGAGAGAAGCCAUAUGUUGUUUGCGACGGUGUCGAUGGCGACAAUUUCACAAGGGCAAAUAACCACGCAGCUAAAGGCUUAACCCGUUCCUGUGUUAUAAAAAGAGUGUGCUUUGAAUGUAUCAACGGUGCCUACCGUCAUCCAGGCUACAAGAGACAUUUAUUUGAUUGCGUGUUCCUACCGGUGGCCUCGUAGACAAAUAAAGUAGACAUCACAUUCCCGGUGCAUUAAGUAUUAUGUUUUUGAACGAAAGUAAGAAAUCAUUUCAGAACUCACCAUGAAUUAUCGUUGAUAAGUUAUGCAAUGCAAGUUUAAAGCUACCUACUGAUCCCAGCAUUUGUAAUGUUUUAAUUUAAUAUAUAUAUAUGUGUAUUUCUCUCGUUUUUGUGUGCAGAUUGCAACUAAAUAUAUUUGGGAAAUGGAUGUGAGGAUGUAUUUUACAUUUAUUACUGUGCUCCGGUUAAAAUACAGGCACCCGCCAUGAGACAGUCAGCCCGAUCCAGAGAUUUCAUUGCGUUACCUUCAUGUCGGGAGUUUACAUCACUCGCAUUUCUUGUUCAGUCUGAUGUCUAGCCAAGAAUGCCCUAAUUUCUGCAAAGGUUUCUGAAACUGGAAGAGAGAUGCAAAAACUAAUUGCUGAUUAGUCGGUUGCUAUUUGUGAAAUGUUGAAAUAUAUAUACACACACACACACACACACACACACACACACACACACACACACACACAUACACAUAUUCACGGAUAUUACCUGUUGAAAUUAUAGUGCCAAAGUUUGGUUACUGCUGAAUUUAACGCGGAAUGAAGUUGUUGAUAUUUAUUAUUCCCUGCAAUGUGGAUGAUUCAAAUGACUAUAUUAAUAACAGAGGGGCUGCAUGAUAGAGUGACAGUAACCUAAGAGAUGGCAACUUUAAGGGUGGGGUAGUGUAGAUAAGUGUAGAUACUAAACAUGUAGAUACUGUAUAUUUAGAUAGUUACCGGUGCUUUUUAGUGGCUAAUGAUGUUUUAACGAGAAAACGAUGUUUGUUGUAAAAUGGCUUUCGUAUUUUUUUAAAUGAACCAGCGUGUUGUAAUUUUCUAUAUAAACUGGUAAAUUUAAAGGAAUUCUCUCUCUCUCUUCGGAGAAUAGACUGCUUUAUUAAUAUUUUGAAAAACAAAUCCCGACUGUCUUUUGUACGUCAAUUGUCUUGAGAGUUUGUGAAGACCCUGUGAAAAGUUGUUCCAGGAUGCAGGAUUCAUGGCGCUCUCUGUAAAUACAAUACUGCCGCUAGCAAACGCUUCCAAUUUUGAUGGACUCAAACAAUGUGGAUGAGUUUUUGAAGUGAAUGCUUAGAAAAUCUUGAGGCUCUUGGCACCAGCAGCUCAUGGCUUAACACAGUGUCCAAAGCGUAAGGUAGCC